AUGAGUUUAAAACCUUUUACCUACCCAUUUCCAGAGACGAGGUUUCUUCACGCAGGACCCAACGUGUACAAAUUCAAAAUCAGAUAUGGCAACAGCAUCAGAGGAGAAGAGAUAGAAAAUAAGGACGUCAUCAUCCAGGAGCUGGAGCUUCUAACUGAGAAGAGAGCAGCAGGAGCCUCCAUGAGGAAACGAGGACUUGUGGAAGAGCCAAGCUCCCCCAGCAGGACAGGGCUGCACAGGGCCAAGAUAGGGACUUCUAGUCAAGAAAGCAGCAAAAAGAAGCUCCAUAUGGAAACCAGGAAGAACAAGGAAAGAAAACCCCAGCAGGAAUGGCAGGCGAACCUAGAUUCUGAUACCGCUGAUGCCCAGGAACAGGGUUCUAAAAAGGAACAGAGUCUGCCAGGGCCAGUUGUCCCACCAUUACAGCAAAACAACCCACCUCCACCUAAAGAGCUAGGAACCAGUGGCUUCUUUGGGUUUCUAAGCACUGUCUUCCCAUUUCGAUAUUUCUUCAGAAAGAACAGCCAGUGA